UGGCAGAGCACAUCCACCAAUGCUGUGCAAACUGCUAAUACAAACAUCGCAACGUUAUUGUGGCCAAGCUAUCAUCAUUGAGACCAGUAUGGAUUGGUGCAUAAUUUCCCUCCUGCUCCUUACGCUGGGCCAACAUGGGUUUUGCCAACAAGAGGAAGUCUGCUCAAAGUCGGUAAUCAACUCCUGUGACGACUGCAUCAAAUCUGGGCCAUACUGUGCAUGGUGUGAGCAGCUGAAUUUUACCAAAGCUGGUGAGCAGGAAUCAGUUCGCUGUGACACCAAAGCAAAGCUAAUUGAAAGAGGAUGCAAAACAGAAGAGAUGAUUUCCCCCAAAAACCAGCAGAUCAUCUUACAGAGCGACCCUCUGUCCCAGUCAUCUGACUCCGAGGAGCCUGUCCAAAUGAGUCCGCAAAAAAUCCACCUGAAAUUGCGACCUGGGCUUCCACACUCUUUCAAAAUCACCUUUAAGAGGGCUGAGGGUUACCCAGUGGAUCUUUACUACCUGAUGGAUCUCUCCUACUCCAUGAAGGAUGAUCUGGAAAAUGUCAAAGGCCUAGGAAAAACCCUUUUUGACACUUUGAAUAAAAUUACUAAAAAAGCUCAAAUAGGGUUUGGUGCCUUUGUUGAUAAGACAGUGCUUCCCUAUACCAACACUAACAAGGAGAAACUGGAGAAGCCAUGUGAUGAGAAUUACCAGCAAUGUCAGGCUGCCUUUGGCUACAGACAUGUUCUUAGUAUGACAUCGAGCGAGCGACAGUUCAGAGAGGAGGUGGCAAAGCAGUAUAUUUCUGGAAACUUAGACUCUCCUGAAGGAAGUCUUGAUGCCAUGAUGCAAGCGGCUGUAUGUGGGGAUCAAAUAGGCUGGAGGAACAGCAGCACUCGAUUGAUUGUUCUGGCCACAGACGCUGGAUUUCACAUGGCUGGGGAUGGAAAACUGGCUGGCAUCCUAGAACCCAAUGAUGAACACUGCCACAUAAAAAACAACCUCUAUGUCAAAAGUAGUGAGAUGGACUACCCAUCUGUUGGACAGUUGGCCAUCCAGCUGGAGAAAAACAAUGUCCAGCCAAUAUUUGCUGUAACAGAAAACGUUAAGAACGUUUACGAUAAUCUCAGCAAAAUGAUACCAAAAUCAGAGGUGGGAGUUCUGUCAUCAGAUUCAAAAAAUGUUGUUCAACUGAUUGAAAAUGCCUACCAGAAAUUAUCCUCUAAAGUCACAGUGACGCAUGAUGUUCUUCCUGACAAUGUACGAGUUGAGUACCGACCAGAGUGUGAUCAUCCCAGGCAAGAAGGCCCGAAUAAAGGGGUCUGUGAUCAAGUGCAUGAGAGACAAGAGAUACAUUUCAAUGUUACAGUGACAGCAGACACAUGCAUGGAGGAAAAGUCCUUCACCAUAAGCCCACUUGGAAUUAAAGACAAACUGACAGUAACCAUUACUACUGACUGUACGUGUGAAUGUAAUAACCCUGCAGGCAGCAAUCUGGCACACUGUAACAAUAGAGGAAGCAUUGACUGUGGGGUGUGCAGCUGCAAUGACGGUUUUACCGGUCAGUUUUGCGGCUGUGAUGUUACUACAAAAGAUGCAGAAGCUCUGCGAGCUUCCUGCAAAAAGGAUAAUGGCACGGAGUGUGAGGGCCGAGGAGACUGUGUAUGUGGCAGAUGCCAGUGCCAUAAAACAGAGCAAGGAAACUUUUAUUAUGGAGACUAUUGCGAUUGUGAUGAUGAACAUUGCGAGAAAUUCAACAAUAAGCUAUGUGCAGGAAACGGUAAUUGCAAAUGUGGAAAGUGCGAAUGCUUUAAAGGUUAUAGUGGCUCUGCUUGUCAGUGCAAGGUUUCAGAUGAGGGAUGUCGUACAACAAACGGCACUGUCUGCUUUGGCAGAGGGACGUGCGUUUGCAACCUUUGUGAAUGCCGUGAGGGAUAUCAGCGCCCAAACUGCCAGAAAUGCCUUGGCUGCCCUGACCCAUGCCAGACCAAGCUGAAAUGCAUUGAAUGCCUUUUCCCUGAUCCUGAUAAAUUGGGAAAAGACUGCAAAGAUGUUUGUCAGGAGACCAUUUCCCAUUCAGUCGUUGAAACGUUUACUCUUCAGGGUAAAGAAUGCAACCAGAAGGACAGUCAGGGCUGUUGGAUCAAAUUCAAGCUGGAGCAGUUAACUGGAAUUGAUAGUUAUUUGGCUGAAAUACUGAAUACAAAAGAUUGCCCGGAACCACCUAAUGUCAUAGCUAUCAUACUUGGAUCUGUUGCUGCUGUGGCUGUAAUUGGGAUUCUGCUGCUGAUGCUGAUCAAGUUACUGAUCCACAUGAAGGACCUAAAAGAGUUCAAAAAAUUUGAAAAUGAAAAGAAGAAAAGCAAAUGGGCAAAUGCUGAAAAUCCACUGUUCCAGAAUCCCACCACGACUGUGGCCAACCCUCUGUUUACUGGAGAGUGAGGACCCCCUGCUGCAGCGCUCACUGAUAUUUAUUCAGAGCUUAUCUUGAUGGG